UCUGUCAUAUGACUGAGGCGCCCAUGGGGGUGGCGGGGCGGCUCUAGGAGUGGGGGCCUAGCAAACGCCCUGCGGAGCGACCCGGGCUUGGUGGUGGCCAGUAUGGCCCCUACCCUGUUCCAGAAGCUCUUCAGCAAGAGGAGCGGGCUGUGCGCGCCCGGCCGGGACGCCCGUGAUACGGACUGCGCGUUUAGUUGGCCUUUGCCAGAGUUUGACCCCAGCCAAAUUCGACUGAUUGUGUAUCAAGACUGUGAAAGGCGAGGGAGAAAUGUCUUGUUUGACUCCAGUGCUAAGAGAAAAACCGAGGACAUAACAGUAUCGAAACUCUGCAGUGAUGCUCAAGUCAAAGUCUUUGGGAAAUGCUGCCAACUAAAACCUGGAGGAGACAGUUCUUCCUCUUUGGAUAGUUCUCUGACUUUGUCUUCUGACAUAAAAGACCAGUGUCCUAAGUACCAGGGUUCUCGGUGCUCUUCUGAUGCCAAUAUGCUUGGAGAGAUGAUGUUUGGCUCAGUAGCAAUGAGCUACAAGGGAUCUACCCUAAAAAUUCAUCAGAUCCGUUCCCCUCCACAGCUUAUGCUUAGCAAAGUUUUUACUGCGCGGACUGGCAGCAGUAUCUGUGGAAGUCUCAAUACGCUGCAAGACAGUCUUGAAUUCAUCAAUCAGGACAAUAAUACAUUAAAGGCUGAUAAUAACACUGUCAUUAAUGGACUACUUGGGAAUAUAGGUCUUUCACAGUUCUGCAGCCCCAGGCGGGCAUUCUCUGAGCAGGGUCCGCUCCGCCUGAUCAGGAGCGCCUCUUUCUUUGCAGUUCACAGCAAUCCAAUGGACAUGCCUGGAAGAGAGCUCAAUGAGGACAGAGACAGUGGCAUAGCACGUUCUGCAUCUCUCAGCAGCUUGCUUAUCACUCCGUUUCCCUCGCCAAACUCCUCGCUUACCCGAAGUUGUGCUAGUAGCUAUCAGCGACGUUGGCGACGCAGUCAAACCACGAGUUUGGAAAAUGGGGUAUUUCCUAGAUGGUCAAUAGAAGAAAGCUUUAAUCUGUCAGAUGAAAGCUGUGGCCCUAACCCAGGAAUUGUGAGGAAAAAGAAGAUUGCAAUUGGGGUAAUCUUUUCAUUAUCCAAAGAUGAAGAUGAAAGUAGCAAAUUUAACGAAUUCUUUUUUUCACAUUUUCCUCUCUUUGAAAGCCACAUGAACAAAUUAAAGAGUGCAAUAGAACAGGCUAUGAAAAUGAGCCGGAGGUCAACUGAUGCCAGUCAGAGGAGUUUGGCAUAUAAUCGAAUUGUUGAUGCCCUAAAUGAAUUCAGAACAGCAAUUUGUAAUCUGUACACAAUGCCACGGAUUGGAGAGCCUGUCUGGCUUACAAUGAUGUCGGGAACUCCAGAAAAGAACCAGCUUUGCCAUCGUUUUAUGAAGGAGUUCACUUUUCUAAUGGAAAAUGCUGCCAGAAAUCAAUUCUUGCCAGCUCUCAUUACAGCAGUUCUGACCAAUCAUCUUGCCUGGGUCCCAACAGUCAUGCCAAAUGGACAACCGCCUAUAAAAAUAUUUUUGGAAAAACAUUCCUCUCAGAGUGUGGACAUGUUGGCAAAGACUCAUCCAUAUAACCCACUUUGGGCACAACUGGGAGACUUGUAUGGCGCUAUUGGCUCUCCUGUACGGUUAGCAAGGACUGUGGUAGUUGGCAAACGACAAGACAUGGUCCAGAGGCUGCUUUAUUUUCUUACUUAUUUCAUAAGAUGCUCUGAACUUCAAGAAACCCAUCUUUUAGAAAAUGGAGAAGAUGAAGCCAUUGUUAUGCCAGGCACAGUAAUUACUACCACUUUAGAGAAAGGUGAAAUAGAAGAAUCUGAGUAUGUGCUUAUCACAAUGCAUAGAAACAAAAGCAGCUUACUCUUUAAAGAGCCAGAAGAAACAAGAACUCCUAAUUGUAACUGUAAGUAUUGCAGUCGUCCACUCCUUGAGCAAAAUAUAGAGAAUGUUUCACGACAAGAGAGAGAAGAUAUUCAAAACAUCUCUAAGAAACUGCUAGAAACUUCAGAUGAGUGCCGAAUGAUUUCUCCUCCUGACUGCCAAGGAGAAAAUGCUUUUGAUAUUAAACAGUACAGAGAUAAAUUAAGAACUUGUCUUGACACCAAGUUAGAGACAGUUAUUUGCACAGGAUCUGCUCCAGUAGACAAACGUGGAUUGUCAGAGUCAGGCUUAGAGCCAGCAGAGGAAACAUGGCAGAGUGAGGAAUUGCUGGCUUCAGAUAACCACACAGGCAAAAUGAUGAGAGCCACAGGAAUGAUUGUGGAAAAAAAGCCUCCAGAUAAGCUUGUGCCUGCUGCAUUUUCUUGUGAGGCAGCCCAGACAAAGGUUACUUUCCUGAUUGGGGAUUCCAUGUCACCUGAUUCAGAUACUGAACUCCGGAGUCAGGCAGUGGUGGAUCAGAUCACCAGGUAUCAUGCCAAACCACUCAAGGAAGAAGGAGCAGCUAUUGACAUGCAUCAACAAGCUAAACAAACAACUGAGGACCAAUCUGGAGAGCCUGGUGUACAAAACAUGGUUUCUGGAGAGGCCUGUGCACUUCCCUGCUGGAAUCAUUCAGACCCAGAAAGCAUGAGUUUAUUUGAUGAAUAUUUUAAUGAUGAUUCCAUUGAAACCAGGACUAUUGAUGAUAUUCCAGUUAAAACAAGUACAGACAGUAAGGAACACUGUCGUAUGUUAGAGUUUUCAAAAAGAUUGUGUACAAAAAACAGCAAAGAGAACAAUGAAUUUUGUAAAUGCGUAGAAACCAUUCACCAAGAAGGGUGUAAAACCUGCUUUCCUCAGCAGGACCAAAGAGAUACACUCUCCAUUCUUGUCCCCCAUGGGGAUAAAGAGAGUUCAGAGAAAAAAAUUGCUGUAGGAACUGAAUGGGACAUUCCAAGAAAUGAAAGUUCAGAUAGUGCCCUUGGUGAUAGUGAAAGUGAAGAUACAGGUCAUGAUAUGACUAGACAAGUCAGCAGUUACUAUGGAGGAGAGCAAGAAGAUUGGGCAGAAGAGGAUGAGAUACCUUUUCCUGGGUCAAAAUUAAUUGAAGUGAGUUCUGUUCAACCCAAUAUUGCCAACUUUGGGAGGUCCUUGCUGGGUGGCUACUGUUCAUCUUAUGUGCCUGACUUUGUUCUUCAAGGAAUUGGGAGUGAUGAGAGGCUCCGUCAGUGUCUGGUGUCAGAUUUGUCCCAUGCUGUGCAGCAUCCAGUGUUAGAUGAACCAAUAGCAGAAGCUGUCUGCAUUAUAGCAGAUAUGGAUAAAUGGACUGUUCAAGUGGCCAGUAGCCAGAGACGAAUGACAGAUAAUAAAUUGGGAAAGGAAGUAUUAGUUUCCAGUCUUGUUUCCAAUCUGCUUCAUUCCACUCUUCAGCUUUAUAAACAUAACCUCUCUCCAAAUUUUUGUGUCAUGCAUCUUGAAGAUCGGUUGCAGGAACUGUACUUCAAGAGCAAAAUGCUGUCUGAGUACCUGAGAGGGCAGAUGCGAGUUCAUGUGAAGGAGCUGGGAGUGGUCCUGGGGAUUGAAUCCAGCGAUCUUCCUCUUCUGGCUGCUGUAGCAAGCACUCACUCUCCAUAUGUUGCCCAGAUACUCCUUUAAAAUGCCUAAAGAUUGAGAAAUUACUUUUGGAAGAAAGUUAAGUAGAAAACAUGGAAGCAGACACAACAUGCAAUUAUAGUGAUUUUUAUUCUCUGUUGAGCUUCCAUCUGAGUGAGUCAGUCACUUUGAUAUCCUGCAUUGCAUUGCACAUUCUGUGAACAUUGGAUGACUUUUUCCUUUUGACUGGACUUUUGGGUGGUGGUAUAUUUUUAACCAAGUGAGACUAAAGCAGCAUAAAUAAUUUUGGGGAAAAGCAUUUGAAUAGGGCAAAGUUUACAAGCAUGAGUAACAUUGAUGAGUUUCAUAUGAUCACUACAGUGUUGACACAAUUCAUGAAUAGCAGCAGAUGUGUCAUGAUUAAAUGGCUUGAAAUGGUCAUUUCAUUAGUUUUUAAUUCUUUAUUUCUAAGGUACCAAGAUCUAUUUACCCUGAUUAUUUGUUGUUUUGUUUUUCAAUUCAAAAUAGCUGAUUUCUGGCUAUUACCCAAAGUAUUUUUAACGUUCUGUUAAUUAUAACAAACUCAGAAUAAUGAAUGUAAAUAAGUGCUCUGUUAUCCACCCAGGUGUACAUAUGUAUCUAUUUUUUAAAAGAGCAGCGGUAGAAAUACAAGAUUGGUAAACUUGACUUUUUUUAAUAUAUAUAUUUUCAACUAGUAUUAAUUGUGUGUAAUGUUACUUUCUGGUGAUAUUUCUGUUCCACACAUUCAAAAAUACAAGUAAAGCCAAUUGUUUCCUAAGGCCAAGGGAUGUAGAUUCCCAAAAUAAGAAUACUACUUUGUACCAUUUGUUGUGUUUAUAACUAUAAGGUGAUUCUUAUAAAUAUUAAUAUUUACAUAUUUGAUGUCUAAUUUUAAAAAUGAAAAUUAGGAUUAAAAAUUACACCAAAGCAUUGGCAAAAAUACUAUUUUGUUCAAAAGUGCUCAGGUAGCCAAGGCCCUUGCUUUUGGUAUCAGCCCUUCUUGAACCCAUAGGAGCUGAAUAUUUGUUUCCCUAUUUUGUAAUAUUCAGUUUACACUAAUAGAACUCUUAAAGUUAUUCUCUUCUCUGUAAAUCCCCACAUUUGCCAGCCUCCUCCCUUCCAGAAACUUCUUUUUUCCCCACAGAUUUUCAUUCUUCAAUUGUUACUGUCUUUGUAUAUACUGUAGAGUAUUGCUUUUAUGAAAGGCUAAUAUGGAACCAAACUCUUGUAAGUAAUGUAAAUAGAAAGACGGGUAGAUAAAUUUUCAAUAUGCUCUACUACCUCAGUUUACUUGAAUACUACAUUAUAGUUUAUUUGCUUAUAUGGUCUAAGAUACGUUUAAUGCUAGAGGUAAAGUUGGUUUCUGCUUUCAGUGACUAUUUUGAUUGUAAUUAAUUGAUCAGUUAAAAAAAAAAAAGCCUUGCUUAUCCAGUUACUAAAUACAUU